AUGGCAACUGAUUCCUCAGCUCUGCAGGCUUCCUCUGAGUCGAUCGCGCAGAAGAUGGGCUUCUUCAGAGUCCCUGACCUUCUUGUCAAACUGAGCGCCAAAUGUUUGAGUGAACUGGAUGUGGUUCGCAGCCCAACAUCGCCCCUAGACCUCAAGUUUUUCACUGGCCUUGGCAACAAAUCGCCCAGAUCAUCCUCCGUUGAUGCAAGCCAGAACCAGAAGAUCUUGCUCGGUGACAGGGUUGGGCUUGGACUUGUGGACGCCCUCACUGAUGAGAACCCAGCACCCCUGGGUGGUAGAAAGGUUCUUCUUGGAUCUGAGAUGAGGAUUACUGAUAACCUGUCUCGCAAGAACAGCUCCACUGCUCCUGUUCAAGCUGGGGAAGUUGAACACAAGGAUGAUAAUAUGUCUGAUGGACUGAUGGGUAGUGUUAUGUCCCUUGAUGACAUCGUCAAUUCAGAGGAUUACACUUGUGUUGUCUCCCGUGGCCCUAAUCCUAGGACUACCCACAUUUUUGGAGAUCGUGUUUUUGAGUUUCAAGCUGAGCAGCUGAUGCCUGUUGAGAGUAAGGGCGAUCAGAGUAUGUCUCUUCAUGUGAAAGAGGGUGCAAUGAGCUUCUGUUGCUUUUGCAGUGAGAAGCUCAAAGAAGGGAUAGACAUCUACAUCUAUCAGGGUGACAAAUCCUUUUGCAGCAUGGAGUGCAGGGAAAAUUUCAUGGUGGAUGAGAUGGAGGAAGGUGAACCCAUCAUAUAUCAUCCUGCAUCUCCUAGAAGCCCACCUUCUGAUGGUGGUCGUAUUUUCCAACUGAUCCGUUGA